AUGAUUAAACUUCAACUUUUCUCAUUGUUUCUAUUGAUUUUAGCUCAAAAUUCGCUGACCAAAAAAUCGAAAAAUGCUGCUCCUCGAAAAUUGGCAAUUUCUUUGGCUCACGAUUAUUUUCAAGCAAUUCAAACAUUAAAAAUCAAACAGCUCGAAAAAAUCGUCGAAUUUCCAAUUCGCUAUUAUUUUGGUGAAAAAUGUGCGCGAACUUAUCCGAAAAUUGUCGGAAAUUGGACGCUGAGUUCGGAAAAUAUCCAGAAGAAUUUGGAUCGAAUGAAAAAAAUGAAUGGGCUCGAAUUUAGACCCAAGAUGGUUGUAAAUGCUAAAUGGAUUGAAGAAAAUGGAAACAGAAUAUUGCAAUGGGAAUCGGCUAAACAAGAGAUGCAUAAAGAUCAGGAAAAUAUUAUGGUUUCACAAUUUCACGCCAAAAAGUUUCAUGGAAAAAUGAAAAUUUUCGAAUUUGGAAGUGUUUGUUGA